GUAAUUUCUUGUUCUUGUCUUCUGUAUUUGUAAAAUAUUAUUUCUAUUCAAUAUUUUAUUUAAAAGAUACACAGUACAGAGUGGUUGGCUCACAAUUAAAUAAAAAUGAACGAAAAAUAUUUGGAUCUGAGCUACAUCCGACUACUGAAAAAGUACUUAUGGUACACAGGUUUCUGGCCGGGCGAGGCCUUAGGGGAACACAUACCUCUCUACAUCAAGUGGCACAGGAUACAAAUAGUCGUGCAGAAUGUGAUUGGGUUCGUGGGCCAGGCCUGGUACAUUGUGGAAAACUUCACUCAAAUGCCGUUCGUCGUGGCUGGGCUGCUGUACAUUGUGGCGUCCCUCACUGUUCUUAUGGCAGCCAAAUGCAGUCUAACGAACUUCAAAGGGUACCAGGAAAUAAUAAGGAAAUUGUUACAAGAAUUUCAUUUGAUACAUCAUAGUCGUGGCGGAGCUUAUGAGAAGAAAAUUAUCGCGAAAGUAGACAAGAUUUCGCACUACUGCACCGUUUAUCACAUGGCAAUCAUAUUCUUCAUAGUGCUUACAUUCAACGGAAUACCGAUAUUCAACAGUUACAAGGCUGGCGCGUUUCGUGGGAGAAAUCUCAGCGGCAUGAAGCUCGAGCUUGCCAUUUACUUCCGGUACCCUGGCUUCGAGUGCCUUGAUUACUUCUAUCUGCUCUCCUUCUUAAACAUCUACUUCACCUACAUCGGUGCGGUCGCCAUGUUUGCUAUCGACGCCAUUGUCUCCGCAAUCAUCUUUCAAAUCAUCGGCCACAUCCUCAUUCUUAAACAUGACAUUGAGAAUCUGCCGGAGCCGAAGCGUGAGACCGUCGUAGUGUUCCCUCACACUGGAUAUGAGGGACAUCUUGGGGCGCGCGUGCGUCUACGAUUGUAUGAUGAUGAGGAAAACAAGUACAUUCAUAAUGUUCUGGUUGGGAUUAUUAAGCAUCAUAAGUAUAUUUUGGGGUACGUGAACGAGGUAUCAGGGUUCUUCGGGCCUACAGUGGGCCUCAACUACAUGUUCCACCUGGUGGCCGGCUGCGUGCUGCUGCUCGAGUGCAUUCGAUGUGAUCAAGACGUGUUGCUGCGCAACCUGACUCUAGUGGGAGUCUCGCUGGUGAACCUGGCCGUGCACUCCGUCACCUUCGAGAUUGUUGGUUCAUACAGUGAACAACUAAUCGAUGCAGUAUACAGUAUGCCCUGGGAGAGCAUGGACAUCAGCAACCAGAAGUGUAUGAAGUUGUUCUUGAGUCGAGUGCAGACUCCCAUCAGGGUCACUACUAUGGGUGUCAUACCCGUGGGCAUACAGACUAUGGGUGCGAUUUUGAGAACCAGUUGCACCUAUUGUACCUUUUUAGUGACAGUCGAUGAAGGAUGAUUAAACAAAAACAGACACAAUAAUUAU